UCCGCUGCGAGAUGUUGGCCCAUGCUCAGCCUCCCUUCCAACAACAACAACAACAGCAGCAGCAGCAGCAGUCGAACCAGCCUCUGCCCGCGCAGCACGCACAAGGGCAGCAGCAGCAGCCAGCGCCGGAGCAGUCUCAGCAAGCUCAGGAUGGCAGCAGCAAUCCGAAUCCGAAUGGAUCAGCGCCACAGCCAGGCCCGCCUCCGACACAACAAAGCAUGCAAAGCACACUGAGGCUGCGUGACGACCCACCCGCCGUGACCCCCGCCGCGCCAGCCCGAACGUCGCGGAAACGAAAGACCCCGCCGGACGCGAAAGCCAACCAGGGCCCGCCCGUGCCGCCGCCCCCUCAGCCUCAGCCCCAGCCCCAGCCCCAGGGUCAACCACAUCAGCCACCGCCGCCGGGGCAGCACCCCCCGCCGCAUAUGGUCCCGCCGCCGCCGCAUCCUCAUGCGCACCCGCCCCCACCGCACCUCCUCCCCCCGCCGCACGCACUCGUGCACCACCCGCACAUGCCGCCGUACCAGUAUGGCGCGCCCCCGCCGGGCAUGCCAAUGGAGUACCCGCCGCCUCAGCAAAUCCAGAUGGUCAUUCCCGGGCCCCCGCCGCCCCAGCAGAACGGCCAGCCGGCGGGCAGCCAGAGUCCGAACGGCGGGGCGGGGAGUGGGGGCGAGGGGAACGGAAGGUCAUUGAGCCAGAGUAAGAGGGCAGAGCAGAAUCGGAAGGCCCAGAGAGCGUUCAGGGAGCGGAGGGAUGCACAUGUGAAGGCACUAGAGCAGCGCUCGCAGCUACUAGAUGCGGCCCUCGCCUCAGCCGACGAGGCGAACAGGCGCUGGGAAGAGUGUCGCGCUCUAGUAGACCAGCUCCGGAUCGAGAAUGCGGCCCUGCGCGCUACGCUGGCGUCACUCAGCCAGAACAACCCUAACGGUAACCCUGGAAUACAGGGCCCUCCACCGCCAGGGUCCGAAGGCGGACAGCCUGUCAAUGCUCCGGCUGGAGAGGGUGCAGAGAGGAAGGAGUAGGACUGACUGCAUUUGGGCCUUGUCCUGUCUUCCUGCGUGUAUACUGGUCGUGGUUACGACCUGUGCCGCUCCGUCUUGAAGCUUCAUGCAUGACUGUGUUCCAUCCAUCCUCCACUCCGUUGGUGGCUCUCAAUGUGUAUUAUUAUUCCCUUCUGGCAUCAGCAUUCUUCGCAUUCAAGUUCUUUCUUGUGAUGUUCCACUCUUGUCAUUGCAGUAAAUUAUGUCUGCAAACUCAGUGACCUUCCAGCGUGCUCUCGUUGAU